GGCGGCCAUUCUAAACAACCGGCUCCGUCAACGUUGACGUACGUACGACUCCCAAAGUCUCCUCUUCUUCGUGUGCAACAACGAACAUGACGGCUCCGCACAGCCACCUGCCGUACGGUCCGGAGGGAGCCGGCUGCUACAGCGACUACACGCUGGGAUGCUUCGACGUCAUUCAGCAAGCUUCCCAGCUCUGUCUGGAUGCUAUCGAUUCGAUUCCGUUCUCCGGCACGGGUGCCUUUCUGCUCGCCGACUUCGCGGCUGCUGAUGGCGGAACCUCAAUGCCACUCAUUAAACUCCUCCUCGACCAACUCAGGAAGAAGCACGGGAAAAAGUUCGACAUUGAAAUAAUUUACGAGGACCAACCAUCGAACGACUGGACGUCGUUGUUCUACCGCAUGCAAGGCGUCAUUCCAAAACCUGAAAGCUACCUGAUCGCGCAUCCAGACGUACGCGUCUUCGCCAGCGGGACGUCCUUCUACAAGCAAUGCUUCUCCGGUAACUCUCUCCAUUUCGGUUUCUCCUCCACGGGAAUGCACUGGCUGUCGAAACGGCCAUGUACAAUAACUGGUGCCGUACACUUCACGGGAAUCACCGUUCCCGAGGAAAAAGAGAAGUUUAAACGUCAGGCAGCCGAAGACUGGGCCACCAUACUCGUUAACAGGGCUAAGGAGUUGCAGCCAGGUGGACGGAUGGUGAUAGCUAACUUCACCGUGGACAAGGAGAAUCAGUACCUGGGAAACACGAAGCGCGUCAAGUGCAACAUGUUCCAGAUCAUGACGGACAAGUGGCGCGCUCUGGUGGACAAAGGCAUCAUCACCGCGGAAGAGUUCCAGAAUACUACGAUCAACAACUAUUAUCGCACGGAGAAGGAAAUUACGGCACCGCUGACGGACGUCGAAUCUCCCGUCUACAAGCUCGGCCUCCGACUUGUCUCGAUCGAGACCAAAGUCGUCAACUGCUACUUCCACGUCAGGUGGCUGGAGAGCGGCAGAGACGAUGACGCUGACGCCGUGCGAGCUCACGCGAGGUCGUACGUGAGGACGAUUCGUACCUGGUCGAACAGCUCGUUUCUCUCCGGUCUGUCCGACUGUCGCACGCCCGAGGAGAAGGCGGCAAUCGUCGACGCCUUCUUCCAGAGCUACGAGGACGACGUCGCUAGGAAUCCGAGGGACCAUGCCAUGGAUUACGUACACACGUACACGCACCUGCGAAAGCUGGAGGAGUAAUCCUAUAUAUAUAUAUAUAUAUAUAU